GUCCUACACGGCUACACCCACUCUGGUCUGGAAAAGAAACCUACCUAGAGGCGUCCUCCAUCUCUCCGCCGCUCCCUCAGGAUGAGAAAACCACCGAAAUCUAAGAAGGCCCGCAAGCAGAAGCGGGAGUCGGAGGUCGAAGAAAUCAAGGUUCUAAAUUCAUGGAUCGAAUCCCAGAAACCCGACUGCGGGUCCAAUCCCAUGUCUCUCCCACCUUUACCCACAAAAUCACCCAUUGGCCGCCUGGACUCCACACCCACCUUUUCUCGCUAUGCUGGCACCACCAGCUUCCAUCAGUUGCCGAUUUCCAAGAGGACCAAGGACGCCUUGCGCCGAGCUAACUUCACCCACAUGACCGAUAUCCAGAGGGCGUCUUUGCCUCACGCGCUCUGCGGCAGAGAUAUUCUCGGUGCCGCCAAGACUGGCUCCGGCAAGACUUUGGCUUUUGUAAUACCGGUUGUAGAAAAAUUACAUAGGGAGAGAUGGAAUCCUGAGGAUGGGGUAGGCAGCAUCAUAAUAUCUCCGACAAGGGAAUUAGCUGCUCAAACUUUUGAUGUACUAAAAUGGGUUGGCAAGUACCAUAAUUUUAGUGCUGGACUCUUAAUUGGUGGUCGUAAAGAUGUUCAAGUGGAAAAGGAGCGAGUUAAUGGUCUCAACAUACUAGUCUGUACUCCUGGCCGUCUUCUUCAGCACAUGGAUGAGACACCAAAUUUUGAUUGUUCCCAGCUUCAGGUUUUGGUCCUUGAUGAGGCAGAUCGUAUUCUUGAUGUGGGAUUUAAAAAGACACUGAAUGCAGUCAUCUCACAGCUACCUAGGAGAAGACAAACUCUUCUCUUCUCAGCAACUCAAACAAAGUCGGUUCAAGAUCUUGCAAGACUAAGUUUGAAGGACCCAGAGUACCUCAGCGUGCAUGAGAAGUCUACUAGAGCCACUCCCAAUCAUUUACAGCAAACAGCAAUCAUUGUUCCACUGGAUCAAAAAAUAGACAUGUUGUGGAGCUUCAUAAAGGCACAUCUAAAUUCUAGGAUUCUAGUGUUUCUAUCAACCCGCAAGCAGGUAAAAUUUGUCUUUGAAGCAUUUAAAAAGCUGCGUCCUGGAAUACCCUUGAAGUGUCUUCAUGGUAAGAUGAAGCAAGAGGGAAGAAUGGGAACAUACUCACAGUUUCAUGAAAAACCUUCAGUUCUCUUCUCGACUGAUGUGGCUUCAAGAGGCCUUGACUUCAACAAGGCAGUUGACUGGGUUGUUCAGGUGGAUUGUCCAGAAGAUGUUGCAUCGUACAUACACAGAGUUGGCCGAACUGCCCGCUAUCAUUCUGAAGGGCGAUCUGUUUUAUUUCUGAUGCCCUCAGAACAGAAAAUGCUUGAGAAAUUAGAUGCUGCAAGAAUACCCAUUCAGUGCAUCAAGGCUAACAACAAAAGGCUUCAACCAGUGUCUUCAUUGUUGUCAUCUUUGCUAGUCAAGUAUCCUGAUACACUCCUGGGUCUGGCAAAAAGGGCCUUUAUCACUUACUUGAAGUCCAUUCAAAAUCACAAGGACAAAGAAAUUUUUGAUGUGUCGAAACUGCCACUUAAUGAAUUUUCAGCAUCUAUGGGUCUACCAAUGACCCCCAGAAUCCGUUCUUCAAAUCAGAAAAUGAAGUCCAAGACAGAGGGAGAACUAUAUCCUAUUGGCGAACCAGAAAGUUCUGACAUGGAGAACGGAUUGGAGAUUCCCAAAGAGGAACUUGAUAUUGGUGAUUUGAAUGAGGGGGAAGUGGAUAACGAUGUUCUUCUAACAAAUGAGGGAACAGAGGAAGGAACAAAAAUUGGAGAUGAUGAGCCAGUGACUCCAGUCAUGAAGAAAAGGAAUGGACCUAUGGGAACUAGGACACACUUUAAUGAUUCGGGCAACCCGAUAUCGCCCUUUGCAAAGAUGGCUGGUACCGUACAUGCUAGUGAUCCCAUAUUGCUUGAUGAACUUAAAGACAAGAAACAAAAAUAUUAUGAUAAGGUUAGGGAAGAAUUGAAGAGAUCAGAACCAGAAGACAAGAUUCUAGACCGCCAGCGUUGCAAUGAAAAACGAAGGAAAGAGAAGAUGAAGAGGAGUAGAGUGAAUGAAGGAGAAGAGGAACAGGAUGAUCUUUCUGAUUCCAAAGAAGAGCCAUAUGAGUAUCGACCAUGCAAAAGGGUAAAGAACAAAAAAUGCAAGGAAAAAGAAGGGGUUUGCUGCUGACUUCUCCUUUAAAUUAGUUUUGGCUCAAGAUUUGUUAUAAUUCUAGCCACCUGCAAUUGUAGAAAGUAAUCCCUAAAUUUUAAGUUGACAAUAUAUUUAUAGGGGAGGAAUCCACACUAUCUUUUGCAAUCUGCACUCCCUCUCGUAUUUUCAAUAUUUUUGACGAGUUGUGUUAUAAUUUAUCCCAAAAUGCUCAAUCCUCAUCUCCUUAUUCCCAGAUUAAGUCCUGAGAUACCGUGUCUU